UUGCGCUGCUGUUUUCUCUCCCGUCACUGUCGCUCCGGCCCCGGCGUCCGACCAGCGACCGACCCGCAGCCACAGCCGAAGAGAGCCGUCAGAGACAUGUGUCACCCGUGUGACGAGGAGGCGAAAGACUGCGGCUGCAAUAAAACAGAUAAACCAUCAUGAUUCCCAUCACAGAGCUCCGGUACUUUGCUGACACCCAGCCAACGUACCGUAUCCUGAAGCCAUGGUGGGACGUUUUCACCGACUACAUCUCGGUCAUCAUGCUGAUGAUUGCAGUGUUCGGCGGUACACUGCAGGUCACGCAGGACAAGAUGAUCUGCCUGCCUUGCAAGUGGGUGGUCAACAAGUCAUGCGAGACCAUGCCCGUCGCAAACAACACCUUUGUACUGGAACCCAAAGGCAUUCAGUAUGACCUCGACCGCCAUCAGUACAAUUACGUCGAUGCCGUCUGCUACGAGAACGAGCUACAUUGGUUUGCCAAAUAUUUCCCUUAUCUGGUGCUACUCCACACUCUCAUCUUCCUGGCUUGCAGCAACUUCUGGUUCAAGUUUCCACGCACAAGCUCAAAACUGGAGCACUUUGUCUCCAUCCUCCUCAAGUGCUUUGACUCCCCGUGGACAACGAGGGCUUUGUCCGAGACCGUGGUGGAGGAGAGGGAUCCCAAACCUCUCGCCAAAAUGAAUGGUUCGAUGGACAAGAAGGCCUCCUGCGUGAGUGAGGAUGUUGAGGCUAGCGUGCCCAUGCUGCAACGAACAAAGUCUAGGAUUGAACAAGGAAUUGUAGAUCGCUCUGAAACUGGUGUGUUGGAUAAAAAAGAAGGGGAGCAGGCUAAGGCUCUGUUUGAGAAGGUGAAGAAGUUCAGGAUCCAUGUCGAGGAGGGUGAUAUAGUCUACCGCCUUUACAUACGUCAGACCAUCAUCAAAGUGAUCAAAUUUGUACUUAUAAUUAGCUACACAGCCUACUAUGUACAAUACAUCAGGUUCAAUGUGUUGUGCAAGGUGAACCUUCAGAAGCUAACAGGCUACAGCACGUUCUCUUGUGCCCACCCGUUGGCGACACUUUUCAAGAUUUUGGCCUGUUUCUACAUCAGCUUGGUUGUGGUUUAUGGUUUUAUCUGCAUGUACACUCUGUGUUGGAUGCUCAGCCGCUCCCUCAAGAGAUACUCCUUCGAAUCAAUCCGAGAGGAGAGCAGCUACAGCGACAUCCCUGACGUGAAGAACGACUUUGCCUUCAUGCUACAUAUGAUUGAUCAGUAUGACCCUCUGUACUCCAAGCGCUUCGCUGUGUUUCUGUCAGAGGUGAGCGAGAACAAGCUAAGGCAGCUGAACCUGAACAACGAGUGGACCUUGGAGAAGCUGAGGCAGCGCAUCACCAAAAAUUCCCAGGAGAAGCUCGAGUUGCAUCUGUUCAUGCUCAGCGGGAUCCCAGACACAGUAUUUGAUCUGAUAGAGCUGGAGGUGCUCAAGCUUGAGCUCAUCCCAGACGUAACCAUUCCACCAAUCAUCGCCCAACUUUCCAACCUGAAGGAGAUGUGGCUUUACCACACCCCAGCUAAAAUUGAGGCCCCAGCUCUGGCGUUCCUCAGGGAAAACCUAAAGUCCCUUCACAUCAAGUUCACUGACAUCAAGGAGAUCCCUCUGUGGAUCUACAGCCUGAAGAACCUCAGUGAGUUGCACCUGACUGGGAACCUGAGUGCAGACAACAAUCGUUUCAUUGUCAUCGAUGGACUCAGAGAGCUGAAAAGGCUCAAAGUGCUACGACUGAAGAGCAACCUUACCAAGCUGCCGCAGGUGGUGACCGAUGUGGGCGUGCACCUCCAGAAGCUCUCCGUCAAUAACGAGGGCACCAAGCUGAUGGUGCUCAACAGCCUCAAGAAAAUGGUCAAUCUGACGGAGCUUGAGCUCGUUCGCUGCGACCUUGAGCGCAUCCCUCACUCCAUCUUUAGUUUGCACAAUUUGCAGGAGAUUGACCUGAAGGACAACAAUCUGAAGACGAUAGAGGAGAUCAUCAGCUUCCAGCACCUGAACCGGCUCAUGUGCCUGAAGCUGUGGUACAACCAGAUCGCCUACAUCCCUAUUCAGAUCGGAACGCUCACCCACAUGGAGAGGCUGUACCUCAAUAGGAACAAGAUCGAGAAAAUCCCCAGUCAGCUUUUCUACUGCCGCAAGCUGCGCUUCUUAGACCUAAGUCACAACAAUCUGACCAGCAUCCAUGCUGAUGUGGGCUUCCUCCAGAACCUGCAGUACUUCGCUGUGACAGCAAACCGGAUCGAGACUUUGCCCCCAGAGCUUUUCCAGUGUAAGAAGCUGCGCACGCUGAAUCUGGGAAACAACUGCCUGCAGACGCUGCCGUCACGCUUCGGAGAACUCACCGGCCUGACCCAGCUGGAGCUGAGAGGCAACCGUCUGGAGUGUCUCCCCGUGGAGCUCGGCGAGUGUCGGCUGUUGAAGAGGAGCGGCCUGGUGGUGGAGGAGGACCUGUUCAACACGCUGCCAUCAGAAGUCAAAGAGCAGCUCUGGAGGGCCGAUAAAGAGCAAGCUUGAGCCAAACCUCUGCAGUGAACUUUGGGAAGAGAAGUUUGAUUUAAGGGAGAAAAAAAAACAAGCAGUGGUUUUGUUUAUAAAGCGAGCGAAACCUUGGUUUGAGGUAUGCAGCAUUGUUUGCCAUGAGGGCCCAGAGAAGUGACUAUGAAAGCAUAGACCACGGAUUUCAAGACCUCCAAGGAAUUUUUUUUGUAAUCUCAUCCGACCUCGUGAUGAGGUGUAAUUUCCUCCUAAAUAACGGGCUACAGGGAUUCAAGCAGGUGACGUCAAAUCUGCAAGCCACAGGUGGACCUGUCUCAAGCAAACUUCUUAUUUGGAAGGAGCCCCAAAAAGAUACAGAAGAUACUUUGCACGACUCAGCCUUGCCAUUGAGCUCAACAUGCUCAGGAUCACUUUGUCGCCGGCUGUGGGAUACAUGCACAAACUGAACAUGCUCAAAGCAGCGUUUACCCUGCCAUUCCUCUGGCCUUGUGACGCAACAUUUCACUUUAGACAUUUUUACAAUCACAUUUGCAGUUGUGAUGCAGUGUGACGACUGAAUACUGGCGGAUGUUGGGACAAAUGAACCGAUCUGAUGACUUUGGUCUUUGGCCCUCGUCAGGCUCUCGAACAAAAUUACUUUGUGAUGAUGAUCAACAGGUCAUCACAGGUGAUCUCACAGCUUAGGCCUUAACUUACAAAGAAAAGCUGUCAGAUAUUCAUCGACAACAAAUGAGAACAAAUGUCUGAAUACCCUGCGGUAGUGGAUUUAUAGUGUCAGCCUGUGGGCAGGAUAUCGUACAGCUGUAUUCACUGCGCAGUGGAGACAGAUCACAGCAAGGCAACACAAGUCUGCUGGUCAACAUUCAGAUUGAGGUUUUUAUACUAUACAUGAAGGCCAUUCUAACAGGUUGUGGGCGGAGCUAAUCAAUGGGUUUGUGUGAGAACAAAUGCUUCAUAUAACAUAAGGAAAGGCCAAAUUUGCAAUACAAAAGUUCUCCUAUUUGCCAAUUUUCCCAUUUGGUCUGUCCCCUCAUCACCUCCUGCUAUAGUGUGAUAUCUCUUGCUACAUCCACACUAAUAUGUUUUUGUUUGAAAAUGCAUCAAUAACCUUCUCAAAGGCUACUUCCUGGGAAAGUACCUGUUAAUUAAUGUAAAGCAGUUUGUCUUAGCACAGACAUAGUGUCAUGUAGAGAUAUAGGAAACCCGAUGUGGGUACAUUAAGAAAAUAUCCAGACAAACAAAUGAAGGGAAACUAUUUUCUGUAACAGGAGCUGUGUUUUGAAGAAAGGCCCCAUUCCUCUUGGACUGUUCAUUUAGUUUAACAUUGCAUCUUAUAUUGCACGACUAAACAUCACUAACUUAACUGAUGUCUUAUUAAUUAUGCGAGAUGGGCCUUGUUGAAACAAACUGGAAAAUGUAUUUUAAUUCUAAGAUACACAAUUCGGUGCUUUAAAAUGCUACCACACUCUGGUAUCAGGAUUGGGCCUCUGAAUCAAGCUUUAAAGUGAUUGGUUUAAUGUUGAGUAAUGAUUUAAUUCAAUUGUUUUUUGUUUUUGCCUGUAUAUGACAGAGAUAGAAGAGGUAUGACGUGAAUCAAAGGUCCCUGAGCACAACCGAACAAUAGAUGAUGCAGUGACGUGUCAUGCACUGUCACUAUACAGCCACUAGAGCACAAAUGAGGCUACAUCCAUUCUACUACGUUAACUAACGUUAACUCCGCAAUGGAUAGACCUGGGGUCCAUAUUACUCCGGAGUUCCAGAGCCACUAAAACAGAGAAGUUUGAAAACACUGCUCUGUCUUAGUCCUAAUGGUCAGAAACAGGGAUGUUUGGAAACAAUGACGUAGACACUCACAACCGCUUUCUGGUUGGGUGGCCUUCUCUGAUUCGUCAGGCUCCUACCCCAAGAUUCAACGAGCCAAUGAAAACGUUGUUGUAUGGAUGUAGCCUAAGAAAUGAUUUUAAGAUCAUUAUUGGACAUACACCUGUAGUCAAAGAUCUUAGGUGACCUUUGUUCAAUUGAAGGCAUGUUGCUUCACUGACCAGAUGAGAAUUACACAAUGUCCCUGUGCUCACACAGUUUGCUGUCAGUGUAUUAAAGCUACAGAGAAGCAAACAUUCGGAAAACUCCCCGUCACA